AUGCCCUGCGCCCCGUCUGCCACCUCUCCUGUUUGCGGCAGUUGGCAAUGCGAGGAGUCUGAGAAGAUUUGGAAGGCUUUGACUUCCGCCAUGGGAAUGAAGGCUGACCAGGUCACCGCCGAUGCGGAGGCGGCUGCCAAGUAUGCCAGCUCCACUUCACCGGCCGAGAUCCUGCAGCACAUGGAGGGUGCGGCAAAGCCUUCCGAAGGAAAGAUCGCCACGGCUUUCCAGCAGAUCCAGUCUUCUCUCUACAGCGCGACCUUCAGCAUUGGCCUGUUCCGCAUCAUGGAGCUGAGUGGUGUGGAGGUCAACAAGGCCAACGUUGAGGAGUGGGCAAAGGCUCUAAAGAUUGAGCCUGCGUCCAAGAUGACUGCCGACCUCGAAACGUACAAGCAGAACCAGGUGAAGCUCCAGAAGGCCGAGGAGAUGAUCCGAGAGAUUGAGAUUCGGGAGAAGAAGAAGCUGGCAGAGAAGCUGGAGCAGAAAGCAAAAGCACUGGCAGAGAAAGCUGCUGCCAAGGCCUCCGGCGACGAGGAGUCCAAGUGA